AUGGCGACGAAGAGCGCGGGCAGCCGGCUCGCCGACGUCGUGUUCAAGGCGGUUGCUACGGGGCUCUUCGCCACGACGGUGGUCACCGGCGGAUGGUUCGCCGCGACCGCUGCGAGCGCGUCGCACCAUUACGAUCGGCUCGCGAGGGAGGCGGACGAGCGCAAGGCGCGGGCGGAGGCCGCGGCGAGGGAGGAGGAGGAGAGGCGGGCGAGGCGAUGGGGAUGGUUGGGCGGCGGCGGUGGAAAGCAAUCGUCGACGGAGAGUAAAUGA